AUGUCGGAGAAUAACAAGAGUACAACCGCCAAUGCAUCCGCCGGUGCAUCCACCAAGAAACCAGUUGUCAAUCACUCUUCGCCAGUGAAAAAACUACUGCAAUUGUCCCAUUCCCUACAAUUUGCCUGGUUCGUAGGUCAUGUCAUCACCCUAGUGGGCAGCAUCAUCUGCUUUGCCUCAAUGGGGAACCGCUUCUUCUACAGAGUGACUUGGUUCGGUGUCCUAGAGUCCUUUGGUAUCAUUACAUAUCAACACUACUACCCCAAAGCCACUCCUAACGCUCAGAACCAAAUGACCCCUCAGGCAUUGCUUCAAAAUAGUGAUGUCCUAUACUUUGCAUUGGCCUUGGUAUGGUUCUUAACCCCAACCUUCACUUUGGCAUUAGUCCCCUACGCUACCUUCUCGCUCUUCCAUGUGUUGAUCUACUGUAAGAGCGUUUUGAUGCCAGAAGUUAUGAACCUAACCGCUGAAAACAGCAAGCUUGUUUCUAUGAUUGCCAAUUUUGUGCGCAAUUACAACGAGAAGUGUAUGUACUGGGUUGGAACAAUCGAACUAGGCCUAGAAGCUCUCUUGGCCUUGAGAGCUAUGGUCUUCUACACAAGAUCAUGGAUUGUGCUAUUAGCUUACUCAUUGUUCAUCAAGAUCAGAUUCGAAAACUCCAAAUACAUGCAAGCUGCGUUUGCUCAGUGGAGAGUUAGAUUAGACGGUAUCAUGAGCCAUCCUUCUGUCCCCUUGAUUUUCAAGCGCGGAUACGGUAAGGCCAAGUCUAUGCUGAUCAGCGUAUCCCACUUCCGCCUAUCCAAAGCGCAAGCAACAGCAGCCUCGUCAAACAAAACAGAGUAG